AAUGGCGGCGGCGGGAGCGGCGGGCACGGCGGGAGCGGCGGCGGUUCCGCCGCGGGGCAUCCGCGCCUGGCUGCGGAGCGCGUUCCGCUUCGCCACCGACCGCAACGAUUUCCGCAGGAACCUGCUGGUGAACCUGGGGCUGUUUGCCGCCGGGGUCUGGGUCGCCCGGAACCUGACGGACAUUGACCUGAUGGCCCCGCAGCCCGUCCCGUAGCAGCGAGCAGAGAAGAACCAGCUCCCCUGACGCUGCUGAAUCCCUGUCCCAGGAAGGAGCCGGAGCUGCCGGGAGCAGAGCUCACCCUCCCACCAGGACUGGAGAC